AUGUCGACAACAAUCAAGAAACUUGCAGAAGAACUAGAAGAGAUCAAAAAAUCACUGAACUUUAUGUCUGAGGAGAUCAGUAAAGUGGUGAAACAGCAAGUCAACCUCAUGGGCCUAAUGGAGGAGGUUCGUGAAUUGAGGAAUACAAUCAAGAUAAGAGAUGAGAUUGAAAGGCUGGAACAAAGAAUUGAUGACUUGGAGCAGUAUUCCCGUGCUGAUGACCUCAUAAUUACUGGGCUGGCUACCAAACACCACAGCUAUGCCAGGAUUUUAGCCAGUGACCAACUUGGGGAGGACGUGCCAACUGAGGAGCAGCAAACACUGGAGCAACAAGUGGUCCAAUUCAUGAACAAGCAGGAAUCUAGAGACAUCGUGCACAUCGUCUCCCUGGAUAAGCGAGAAACGAACCGAAACUCUGUGAUCAUGGAGAAGGAGUGCUUCAUACGAACCAUGGAUGCACUUCUGCCGGAGAUACGCAUAACAGAAGUGGUCACUGAUGCCCACACACAAAUUUCAGCUUUGCUGAAUCCAGAACAUGGAAAAUACAAAGAAUGGGGACUACAAUAUUCCCUAGAUAUUUGGCAUGCAGCGAAAAGUUUAGGGAAGAAGCUCAGACGGGCUGGUACGGUGAGGGAGCAGUCUGAACUGUUGCCUUGGAUCCGGCACAUCGUGAACCAUUUCUGGUAUUGUGCUAAGCAAGCAUCGUCUGUGGAGGACUUCAAGAUGAAGUGGCAUGCUGUCAUUCAUCAUGUUCGCAACCAGCAUACAUGGGCAACUGGAGCCUGUGAGCAUGAACCAGUGGAUGAUGACGCCCAGGAAAAACCUUGGAUAAAACAAGGUUCAGCAGCUCAUCAAGCCCUUGUAGCCGUCGUCUUGGACGAGAGAUGGUUGAAGGAUGUAAAGACUUUCAUCACCUUCAGGACUACAUCAGAUCUGAAAAACUUCCAGAAUCACAUACUAAUGUAUGCAGGGAAGCGGUACUCCUACACUCCAGCAGUGUAUCACACGCGAACUCUGCUCGCUGCAAUUGACUAUAACUGUCACAAUGGCCGCCUCCCGGCACGAAACAAGGAUGGACACAAGAUGUAA